GGAUUUCUCGUGAAAGCUCACAAGCCAAUAAAGCUAUAACCAGCUAACCAUCACCCUCAACAUUCAUCACACUUUCCAUCUGAAUCUUGACCUGUUCUUCCCUCCUCAACCACUAAAAAGCUCAUUUGAUUGUAUUUCUGAAUCCAAUUCUGCUACUUUCAUUUGGUGUUCUGUUUUUUUUUUUUUUUCCUUUGAUCUUUCUAUAUAUAAUUUUUUUUGUUAAAAAAAUGGCUAUUUGGCUUCUGGGUCAUUGAGAAUUUUGCUUCUUUGAGAUUUUUGUGAUCUGGGUUCUUUAAGUAAUAUUAAAUACAUUGACCUGAUCCGGUCAUUUAGCCUCUUUUCAGUAACUUACUUUUGGGGUCCCUUUGAUUUCAGGCUUGCAUAUUAUAUUCUGCACUGUACCUUUGAGUAUCUGACACAACUGUCAUUCUCUUUCUUUUUUUUUUUUUUUUAAUUUCUCUCGUAUCUUUGUGUGAUCUACACUUGGCUUUGUUACUUAGAUUAGAGGAUAUUACCCCGGGGUUCAGUACUCUUUUAAUCUGAUUCAUCAUCUGUUUCGUUUGGGGUCAUUCCUACCAGCCAGGAACUUCAAUGGAUUCUUGUGUGGCCUUAAAAGCCAAUUCUCAUUUGGUGAAUGCAAGAAAAGGUGGAUUUGGCAAUGGAGAUAAUGCAUUUUGGGGGGAGAGAAUAAGAGGGAGUCUUAAUAACAGUGUUUGGAUCAAUCAGCUAGCAAACAGCUUGAGAACAGAUAAUAAGAAAGAAAAGAAGAUCAAAACUGGUCCUCUUGCUGUUCUCACAUCAAAUACUCCCAGAGAAGCCGUGACCAUACAACCACUUCGAGUUGAGAGACGACUAGUUGACCCCAAAAAUGUGGCUUCAGUCAUACUGGGAGGAGGUGCAGGGACUCAUCUCUUUCCACUUACCAGAAGGGCGGCUAUUCCUGCUAUUCCAGUUGGAGGAUGCUAUAAGCUGAUAGACAUUCCAAUGAGCAACUGUAUCAACAGUGGGAUAAACAAGAUCUUUGUUUUGACCCAGUUCAACUCAGCUUCCCUCAAUCGGCACCUUGCACGCACGUAUUAUGGCAAUGGUAUCAAUUUUGGAGAUGGGUUUGUGGAGGUUCUAGCAGCCACUCAAACAUCAGGAGAGGCAGGGAAGAAGUGGUUCCAAGGAACCGCAGAUGCUGUGAGGCAAUUCAUAUGGGUAUUUGAGGAUGAAAAGAAUAGGAACAUUGAAAAUAUAGUGAUCUUGUGUGGAGAUCAUCUCUAUCGAAUGGAUUAUAUGGAAUUUCUACAGAGUCAUGUUGACAGUAAUGCUGAUAUUACAAUUUCAUGUGUUACGGUGGACAACAGCCGUGCAUCUGAUUAUGGACUGGUGAAGAUAGAUGGGAGGGGCCGUAUUGUCCAGUUUGCUGAAAAACCAAAGGGUGCUGAUUUGAAAGCAAUGCAAACUGAUACAACUCUACUAGGGUUGUCUCCCCAAGAAGCCAUGAGAUCCCCUUACAUUGCAUCAAUGGGAGUAUAUGUAUUUAAGACAGACGUUUUGUUAAAGCUUCUGAGAUGGAGAUUUCCUACUUCCAAUGACUUUGGCUCUGAAAUCAUUCCUGCUGCAGUGAUGGAGCAUGAUGUCCUGGCAUAUAUUUUUAGAGACUACUGGGAAGAUAUUGGAACAAUAAAGUCAUUUUAUGAAGCCAAUUUAGCACUCACUGAAGAGUUUCCCAAGUUCGAGUUUUAUGACCCAAAGACACCUUUCUAUACAUCUCCUCGAUACUUACCACCAACCAAAAUUGACAAAUGCAGGAUUAAAGAUGCAUUAAUCUCCCAUGGAUGCUUCUUGCGAGAAUGUAGUGUCCAACACUCUGUAGUAGGUGAACGCUCGCGAUUGGACUUUGGUGUUGAGCUUCAGGACACAGUAAUGUUGGGAGCAGACUGUUACCAAACUGAAUCUGAAAUUGCAUCUCUACUUGCAGAGGGUAAGGUCCCGAUCGGAAUUGGACGCAAUACCAAAAUCAGGAGCUGCAUUAUUGACAAGAAUGCUAAGAUAGGGAAAGAUGUGGUCAUUGUGAACAAAGCUGGUGUUCAAGAAGCGGCUAGGCCAGAGGAAGGAUUUUAUAUCCGGUCAGGAAUCACCAUCAUACUAGAGAAGGCAACGAUAGAAGAUGGUACAGUUAUAUAAAUGGAUCUUAAAUACUUCCAUGGAUAGCUCAGAGAUUGUAGUUGAAGGUGCACCAUAGAAAGCAAUCAUGAACGUCUAGUGGAAGAGGGUCUGAAGAUGGGAUUUGCAGCAUUUUGGCACAGAAAGAAAAACAAGCUGCAUUUCUAUCGGUUACUUUUUUAUGUAAAUUAUAAGUUCUUUCUGCAAUGUAAAAUAGCUGUUAGAUAUCAUAGAAGUAAGUUCCCAGAAUAAAUCAGACGGCUUAGUAGGCCGUUGUUUCUUUCUUUGUAAAAUCUUUUGAGAGACUGAAUGGCCGAUGCUUGUCAAUAUCAUUAUACAAUAAUAAGUAGGUCAUUCUCUUGA